UUAUCAACUGGGGCUCGUUAGCUUUCAAACAUGGCUGUGUUGUGGAGAUUCUCGAGAGUCUCGAGACAUUUAUUGCUUAGAAAUACGGGAUUUUGGGAGGAGAAUAUUGUCAGGGCAUUUCGUACUGUUGUGCAGGAACCGAAACCCACGAGAGGAAUUUUGAAGACGUGUUUGAUCAGUGCUGUUGUUGGGAGUGCUAUCGGUGCAGGUUAUGCCUUCCGGAAAAUCGAAAGGGACAGGAAACAUCUCGAGAUGGAGGGGCACGAGAUUGCGACGGAGAUUCUCAAGUAUAAACCUCCUAUACCGGCCUCGAGACAGGCACUUUCUCCGGUGGAUUCCACCGGUCUGAAACUCACGCUUUUCCAGUAUCAGACGUGUCCCUUCUGCUGCAAGGUUCGAACCUUCCUGGACUAUUACGGAAUCUCCUAUGAUGUUGUGGAGGUGGACCCAGUGCUCCGAAAGGAGAUAAAGUGGUCGAAGUACCGAAAAGUUCCGAUAUUACUUGCGAAAGUUGAUGGCGGAUAUCAGCCGCUCAAUGACAGCUCGAUGAUCGUAUCGUUAUUAGCCUCCUACCUCAACGACAAGAGUCACAAGAUCAAUGAACUUGCGACGUAUUUUCCCAAUAUUGCUGUCAAUGAUGAGAAAGGUUACAGAGAGGAAAUAGUCAAUAAGUAUUUUUUGAUGUAUCAGGGAUCUGUUCCCAAAGACAGGACACUCGACGAUAUUGUGGAGGAGAGGAAAUGGAGACAAUGGGCAGAUGACGUUUUUGUCCACACAUUAUCUCCAAAUGUGUACAGAACUAUUCAAGAGGCCUACCAGACAUUCAAUUGGUUCUCUGAGAUUGGACGAUGGGACGAAUAUUUCCCUGCAUGGGAGAGAGCCCUAAUGGUAAACGUGGGUGCUCUCGCCAUGUGGAUAAUCGGGAAACGUCUCACAAAGAGACAUAAUCUAAAAACCGACGUGCGAGAGUCCCUCUACGACGAGAUCAACACCUGGUUGAAUGCCAUCAGUGCACGAGGCGGACAAUUCAUGGGAGGAAACAACCCAGACCUCUCGGACCUCGCGGUCUACGGCAUUCUGAGGAGCAUCGAGGGGUGCGACGCCUUCAAGGACGCUCUGCAACAUACCAAUCUGAGUACAUGGUACUCAGCAAUGUCAGAGAGAGUGAAGAACCAUAGUGGAAGUGCAUUAUUGGAGGGGUAACGAUAGUGUACAAUGUAUUAGAUAUAAAUAAAAUGUCUUGUUUCAUUCUA